UUUUACUUCAUCAUCCAACUCAGCUUCAGGUCUCAGUGCUCGAAUUGUUCUUUUAAACACGCACUAAGUGUGAGUACCUACACUGUACAAAAUGCAAGAAUACAUUUUCAAAAAUCAGAAUCUGGUUUGUUGUCUCCUCCUGUCGACUGCUUCCUUUCGUUAGCAAGUGCAGAUCUGAUCAUCUCUCUUCCAGACAUCCUGUCAUUGUUUAAUGUCUGCUCCAUCAGUUAUUCUGCUAAAUGCGCUCAGGCCUGUGAAGCGGCUCUGAGCUGUACAGGCUUUAAUUUGUCAUCUUUAAAUGCGAGCUAUCUCCCUGAGUCAGACAUGAUGCAAGAGAGAGCGAGAGAGAUAACAGCAAGGAGAUCUUAUGAUGACUGAUGCAUUAGAACUCCGAUUCAGGAGUAUUACAGUAGGUGACAUGCUUCCUACUGAUUAAACACUGAAUUUGGUUAUGGCUGCAUCUAACAGAGAGUUCAGUCAGAGCCAACCUCAUUCUCCACACAAUAGCACUCCUGGUUACAGACCCAUGGCGACAGUACCUCGUAGGCCCAGCAGCAUCCCCCGGCACUGCUUGUUUCAAACAUGUAGCCUCAGGAGUCAUCCUUCCUGACAACGCACGCAUUUCUUUUUGCCCUUACACACACAUAUGCUGAAAUGUUAGACAGGGAAACAGGGAAGCGUGAGGACGGCUUCAGUGAGUCUGAUUUACUUUUGAACUGCCUGGACCUGCUGCUUGGUUUGCUUCUUUACUGAUCCUGUCCCAAAUACAGAUUCUUGUAGCUAUAGACCAAAAAAGACGACAUGUGUCCAUUUUCUGUCAGAACGUCAGGUAUCAGAAGCUUAGAACCCCUAAAAAUAUUUUUCUUUACAUAAGUCUAAUAUCUGUACAGGUAUCUUUGGUGAUAUAGGAAUCUACGAACUGAUUACCAAAUAACUUACUAUAAAAAUGUGAAAUCUUCCUUUAAUUGGGUUUAUUUUUGGCGCGGCGCUGAUGGUGUGGGGGUUAAGCGCGCGACCAUAUACGGAGGCUAGAGUCCUCGAAGCGGCCGUCCCGGGUUCGAGUCCCGGACCCGGCGACAUUUGCCGAAUGUCUCCCCCUCUCUCUACCCCUCUUUCCUGUCUGCCUACUGUCAAAAAAUAAAAAAUAAAGGCCACUAGUGCCGAAAAAAUAUCGUUAAUUGGGUUUAUUUUGAACUCAGUCACCAGUGGCUCACAGUUCAUAAAAAGUUGAAUGCUGAUAUAUUUUUCCUUGGACCACAGGUAUUAAUGACUCCCUACGGGCACCCUGCUGACCUUACAUCUGUGGAGCAGGUCUGAUGAGUUUGUCAACCUGUAGGUGGAUUAGAGUGGAACAAAACGAACCGAGACCUCCAUCUUGUGGCCAGUGUAUGAAGUAACACUUUUAAAUGUAGAGGCAAAUCACAAGAAUCUAGACUGGAGAUUGGACUGGAGGUUCUUAUAAUUAGAAAUUUUUUUUUUUAUCUCACCAGUUAAAGGAAAUGAAUCAAAAUGAAUGAUGAUCAGAAUAUAAAUUCAGUAGAGAUGCUGCUGAACCUCCAGUCCAGUCUCAAGUCUUUUCUAAGCUCUGCAUCCAUCUUUCCAUCAAAACUGAUCAGCUUGUCCAUCCCUGCUGAAGAAAAGCAUUACCAUAGCAUGAUGCUACCACCACCAUGUUUCACAGGGGAGAUGGGGUGCCCGGGGUUGAUCUGCAGUGUAAGCAGGAUGGUAAGGGAGGUAAAAUCAAUCUCUGAAACUGUUGAAGAACUGCAGCAAAAAGUGGCAUCUCAGGGUCACCAAGUCUCUAUAACAACCAUGAGAUGCUAACUUAAUUCCAGCCAGAAUUCAAGAAAGAAUGCCAGGAAAAAAUGUGUUUCUGUCCUGUCAUCACAAAAGAAAAGUAGAGUUUUUGCUAAAUGGUACUGGGACUUCAAGUGGAAUAUGACUGAGCUUCUCGACUACAAAUACUCCAGGUGGGUAUGGUGUAGAAGCAAAGAAUGAAUAUGUGGAGAGGCCCCUUGUCCAUUGUUAAGUAUGUUGUAAUAUUAGUGAUGCUUUUGGCCCUUUUUUCUUUUCCAAAGGCUAUGGAAACUGUGUUAGUGUGCAUGGCAUCUUGAACUCUUUGAAAUACGUGCGCAUUUUAAGUUAGAAUCUGGCAGCCUCUACAGAAAACUCAAAAUGGGUCAUCAUUUGGGUCUUUGAGAACAACAAUGAUCCAUAAACAUUCUGCUAAAUCAACACAGAGAUAGACCGCAAGUCAAUCUCCUGUGCCCAACUUGGUCCACAAAAACUAAACCCUAUAGAUAAUAUGUGGGGCAACUUGAGGAAAAGAGAGCAUAAGAGAGGACCCAGGUCUUUGGUAGAUCUGGUCAUAGAUCUCUCUCUCUAUAUGCUCCAACUCUCUGAAGACUUAUAGGUGAAUAUUAAGUGCUGUCCAAUUGGCAAACACCCUCUUGUCAGCUUAAGCCAGCAUCUUCAUAAGAACUUUUGCUUUUGUUCCGGGGUUGAUUCAAACAUUUUGCACCAAAACAUUUUCAUCUCAGGUGUCUUUUCUAAACAUAUGAUGGGUGGAAAUUCUCAAGGUAUUGAUGAUUGCAUAUAAUUAUUUGAAAAGAUAAAUGUGGCAGCUUCGGGUGUUUGAAUAUGGUAACCAAGGAUGAACCAGACUUGUUAAAGUCCACAAUUCUUUUCCUGAUAUCUUGGCUGGUUACCUGUGAUGGUUUUUUAUGAUGUCACACAAAGGAGAGUAUGUGCGAGGUGUUGCCUUAAAAUACAUCUGCAGUUGUGCCUCAGUUAAACUCAGAUAUUGCGAAUCAAACUACAAGAAGCUGUCAAAGUCAUGAAAUUAUCAUCUGGGCGUUCCCAAACUGUUUUAAACCAUAGAUUUCUAAGUGAAUAUAAACUUCUCAGUCUCAAUUUUCAAGAAUUUGAUAAAAGGAAAUAAUUGUGGUCAUCCUAACUGACCCUAAACAGUAAACGUGUGCCCUGAUUUAAUAUCAGGCAAUUAGAAAAACGGUUGUGCCAUUUUAUACAGUACAUGAAAAUAUAAGAACCAUAGUCAUCCUUUAAACCAUAUGACUCUAAAUCAACAUGAUAGUUUUGCUUCCUCUUUUAAACUGAUAUCUGACCAACAAAACAGCGCCUGGAGCAGAUAACGAGCCACAGCCUGCGGCGUGUCUACAUUAAAAGGAUAAAAGAACAGGGCAUGCAAAGCCGCCUAUUCCUGACGAGCCGAAACGCUCCAACAACUGGUCGGACUGGCUUGUCCCCCCUCUGAUGUGAUCUCACCAUCCAAUCGAUGAGCGGCUGGCGGCUGCGAUGCGCAUAUGUAUGCGGUCCGCUGCCUCAGCGCAUCACAGCGAGCUGACAGCUUUUCCAGGUUAGACGGGCUGAAAACGGAGCAUUCAAGGACAGAGCAGAAGACCUGCUGUAUUUCGACUAAUCAGCCGUCAUUAUCCGCAUCCAGCUGAGGUAUAGAGGGUUUCUCUUUGCCUCCUUCCACCCUCACCUACUGCAUAUUUUUUUUUUUUUAGGAAUAAUGAUGUUGAUGAUAUUCUAACGCACAGAUGACAGCAUAACCGGGGCGGUGAGCUGUCAAACACUCCACUGCAACCUCUUUGUUGAGACGGAUCUGUAGCUACAGAAACUGGACAUGAAUUCGGCGGAACAGACGGUUACGUGGUUGAUCACGCUCGGGGUGCUGGAGUCGCCGAAGAAGAGCAUCUCGGACCCUGAAGCCUUCCUGCAGAGCUCCCUGAAGGAUGGGGUGGUCCUCUGUAAGCUGCUGGAGCGGCUCAGCCCGGGCUCUACGGAUAAAAUUUAUCCAGAGCCGAAGAACGACGGCGAGUGUCUGAGCAACAUAAAGGAGUUUCUCAAGGGCUGCACAUCGUUCCGCGUCGAGCCGUUCGAGGCCAGUGACCUUCUGCUGGGCUUGAACUUCUCCAAGGUGCUGAGCAGUCUGGUGGCGCUGAAUAAAGUCACUGCAGAUAUCGGUGUGGGCAGCGAUUCAGUGUGCGCCCGACACUCUUCCGCCCUCCGCAUCAAGUCAUUCGAGUCGCUGUCUUCUCAGGCUUCACUGGGCCGAUCCUCCAAGCUAUUGCAGAACCAGUUUCGAAGUCUGGACAUGUCAGAAAACAGUGGACAGCAGCUUCUGGUGAAGGCUCGUUUCAACUUCCAGCAGACCAACGAGGAUGAGCUCACCUUUACCAAGGGUGACAUCAUCAGCGUGACCCGUCAGGAGGAGGGUGGCUGGUGGGAGGGGAUUCUCAAUGGCAAGACUGGGUGGUUUCCUAGCAACUAUGUGCGUGAGGUCAAAGGCUCUGAUAAACAAGUGUCCCCGAAGUCUGGCACCCUGAAGAGCCCACCGAAAGGCUUCGACACUUCCGUUAUCAGCAAGACAUACUAUAACCUGGUGUUACAGAACAUUUUAGAAACAGAAACUGAGUAUUCCAAGGACCUUCAAAGCCUCCUUACAAACUAUCUGCGACCUCUUCAGAACAUUGACAAGCUGAGCAGCUCCGAUGUAGCUUUGAUUCUGGCGAACCUCGAGGAGAUCAGCACCUUUCAGCAGAUGCUGGUCCAGUCGUUGGAGGAAUCUACUAAGCUUCCAGAAAGCCAGCAAAGGGUAGGUAGCUUCUUUCUGAACCUCAUGCCACAGAUGAAGGCGCUCUACGUCGGUUACUGUUCCAACCAUCCCUCUGCUGUCAAUGUGCUUUCCCAACAUAGUGAAAUACUGGGGGAGUUUAUGGAGGGGCAUGGUUCAGGCACUGCUGGGAUCCUCACCCUGACCACUGGCCUCAGUAAACCAUUUAUGAGACUGGACAAAUACCCCACCUUGCUCAAAGAGCUGGAGAGGCAUAUGGAGGAGAAUCAUGCUGACCGACCAGACAUUCUGAAGUGCAUGGGGUCUUUCAAGAGUCUCUCUGCUCAGUGCCAGGAGGUGCGGAAACGGAAGGAGCUGGAGUUGCAGAUCCUUACAGAGACCAUCCGGCUGUGGGAGGGGGACGACAUCAAGACCCUGGGCUCGGUGAUAUAUAUGAGCCAGGUCUUGGUCCAGAGUCCUAUGUCUGAGGAGAAGAAUGAGCGCUACCUCAUGCUGUUUCCUCAUGUCCUCCUCAUGCUGUCUGCUAGUCCCAGGAUGAGUGGUUUCAUAUUCCAGGGAAAGCUGCCUUUGACUGGCAUGAUAGUGACCAAACUAGAAGACUGUGAAGCCCAUAAAAAUACCUUUGAGCUGAACGGCACAAUGUUUGACCGUCUCCAGGUGGUGUGCGCAAAUCAGCAGGACCUGCAGGACUGGGUAGAACACCUGACGAGACAGAUCAAACACAGCGCCGCCACGGCUCCCAGCCACAAACCGCUCACCGUCCCCUGCCACACGCUCCCAUCUCAUCCUCUCACCCCAUCCCGGCAUGCUGAGAGCAGGGCCAUGACGGUGGCCCCCACAUACCACACCCUGCCUCACCCAUCCUCUCAUGGAACAUCCCACAGCACAAUGACGUGGGGCCCCCUGGAGCCACCCAACACCCCCAAACCCUGGAGCCUGAGUUGCUUGCGACCUGCGCCGCCGCUACGGCCCUCCGCUGCACUUUGCUACAAAGAGGAUCUCAGUAAAAGUCCUAAGAGUGUGAAGAAGCUCCUUCCAAAACGCAAACCUGAGAGAAAGCAGUCUGAAGAGGAAUUCGCUGUGAGGAAGAGUACGGCUGCUUUGGAAGAAGACGCCCAGAUCCUGAAAGUUAUCGAGGCAUACUGCACCAGCGCCAAAACCAGGCAGACUCUCAACUCCACCUGGCAGGGCACCGACCUGAUGCACAACCACGUGCUCGCCGACAUGGACCAGUCUUGCGUGGACUCGCCAGGCCGCCGCAGCAGCGUGUCUCGGCCAGAACUGAGCUCUGACCUGUCGGAGGACUCUGACUACGACUCCAUCUGGACCACCCACAGUUACAGGAUGGGGUCGACAGCAAGAUCGCGACCGGAAACAGGGCUGCAUGUGAUCAUCCCCGGUGAGGACAAAGUUUUUGUAGACGAUCCAGGUCGCAAUGGACAAAGUGCACUGGAAGAAAAGAGUUUGGUGGAUGUGGUAUACGCCCUGCGGGAUGAGGUUCAAGAGCUGAAACAGGACAAUAAGAAGAUGAAGAGGUCACUGGAGGAAGAGCAGAGAGCACGAAGAGAUUUGGAGAAAGUUGUGCGGAGAGUGCUUAAGAGUAUUAAUGACCCAGCGUGGGAUGAGACUAACCUGUGAGCUAUAUUGGUCGCAUCCGUCUGUAGCUUUGACAAAAAAACCACCAACGUACCAUUUCUCGACUUAAUGCAAACGUUUGAAGGUAAACACCUGCUUGAAAACGUAAAAAUAUCUUCUGUGAGUGAGACAAAGAGUGGAUUUAAAGCAGGUGGGUCCUUCUUGCAGUGGAUAUGUAAAGACUGCUUGUCUUUAAUUUACAGGUGUGUUGACCAUCUUCCCCCUGAUUACAUUCCUUUAAGCAAAAAGCCAGUAUUAGAAAAAUAAAUCAUACCCUUUUAUCAUUUCUGCAUCCACUAUCCUUGUCUGUGACUGUUUUAGGAAGGGUCAUCUGGAAACAUAAUGAGAGAGACUUUUUCUUCUUUUGUCAGUCUUACGGGAUGGCCUCAUGUGGUACAUAAAUGGUACUCUAAUGGUUUUAAUGAUCACAAAAGACCCUUUUCCACCAAAAGCCCCAGGAUAUAAAGCCCCAGGAUUUGUUUUCCCCGGGUAAAAGGAAUCCCAGGGAAUCUCAUACAGUCCUUUUCCAUCGCCAUGGACCAUGAAGCAGGAAAAGUUUAAACCUUUAUUUUACAUUAAAUUAUUAACCAACCAGCAUCAGGCUAGAGUUGCUGCUUUACAACUGCGUGAUUCAUUCACAAUAACUACUAAAUACGGGUUAACAAAUUUAUUUUUCUUUUAUCAUCAGGUGAACUCAUAUCAGAUAACUGCAGAACAUGUUUUUAGUAAAACAUUUAUUUAUUAAAAUAAAACAAACUGAUAAUCAGUCCUCUGAUUAGUGCUCUGAUCAUCAGCACUGCAUUAAAACGUUUGUCCUACAGAACUGUGGUGAAACAUUAAGAACGUCACAAAUUUCCAGCGAAAAAUACCGCUUUUUUUAUUGUACUUGCAGUUAUUCACCACAUACCUACUAAACGCUUUAUUUUAACUGUUAGCCUCCACAAACAAAUAACAGCUAGCGGGAACUCCUAGAGUGCCGGACCAAGAACAGGCAGCGUUUAGUGGGGAAAUCCCCAUCCAGCCGCCUGGUUUGCUUAGCUUAGCGGCCAGACCAGCCUGUAAGUGGAGCUCCGCUUCUCCGAAGACUGCAAAAAAAUUUUAAAUAUAGGCUCAUUCUGGAUUAACUGACUGCACAGAUCCAAGUUUUGAGGUCUACUUUCUCAUUAAAAACAUCUUAAAACUACUUUUUGUGACAAAUUAAUGGUAUAAAAACAAUUUCUUUAGUAGCAUCUGUAAUUACUGAAGCUGCUGGUGCCAUGCCUAGCUUCAUAUAACUCCGCUCCUUUAAUAAAGCCCGGGGAAAGCUGGAAAGACCUACUCCAGACCAGGGCAAUUAAAAAAAUAAAGCCCAGCAAAAGUGAAAUUACCCUGGUAAAUUUGUAUUGAAACCGGACCUGGGCUUUUUGUACAGGCAAUGGAAAAGGGGGCUUUGGAAAGGUUGCUACUUGAACUAUACAAUUUCAUAACCUCUUAUUGUUAUUUAAUGUUUCAUUAAAUAAGUUUUGCAGGGAUCUUUAUUUGACACAGGCUAAGUAUGUUUUUUCAGGCCGAAGUGAUUUUUUUUCCCUCUUUUUGUUUCUUUCAUUUUGUCUUUAUUGUUUGACCACUUUGCAGUACAACUUUCUGCGUGAAUUGUACAGAUAUGAGACUUGUACUGUGUUGAUGUAAAUACUGCUAAAACAUGAGCCUUUUUCUUUGGAAAAUAAAUGUUUAUUAAAAUGAA